AAUCGGUUGUCAAAGGGAUGUUCGCCUGGGUACUUAGCAUGAUGAGGAGCGGCUGGAGGACUUAGGUCCAAGUCUCAAAAAUGUGCCAACGCUGACGCCAGAACAGGAGAGGAAACUGUGGAGAAAGAUUGACUUACGGUUGAUGCCUAUCCUCAGUUUGAUGUACCUGCUGUCUUUCCUUGACAGAGGUAACAUCGGUAAUGCGAAGUUGGACGGGCUCGUCACUCAGCUUGACCUCACAGGAAACAGAUAUAACAUAGCACUGACGAUGUUCUUCAUACCAUACGGCCUGUUUGAAUGCCCCGCUAACCUUGUUCUCAAAGUAGUCAGACCAUCCAGAUGGCUUCCAGCAAUCAGUUUCAUUUGGGGGAUAGUCAUGACGCUCAUGAGUUUAGUGAAGACAUACCCUCAGCUUGUUGGAGUGCGAGCCUGUCUUGGCUUUGCUGAGGCAGGUUUGUUCCCUGGUGUGACUUAUUAUCUUACUUUGUGGUAUCCAAGACACAUGCUACAAUAUCGAAUUGGCUUGUUUUUCGGCGCUGCAACAAUUGCGGGUGCCUUCUCCGGUUUACUCGCCUUUGCGAUUGGUCACAUGGAUGGCAUGGCGGGACUCGAAGGGUGGUCUUGGAUCUUCUUGCUUGAAGGCCUUGCAACGAUAGUCGUAGCCAUCAUUGCUCUUUUCGUGUUGGUAGACUUUCCGGACACAGCUGAGUUCUUGACCCCGGAAGAACGUGCUUUUGUUGUCUGGAAGAAGAAAUACGACAAUUCGUCAGUGGGCGAGGAAGAGAGGUUUGCGGUGAGGCACAUCUGGGCCGCAUUCGGGGACUGGCAGGUCUGGCUUCAUAUCCUCGUUUUCUUCUCAAUCAUCGGACCUCUGUACGGUAUAACCCUGUUUCUCCCAACUAUCAUCCAGAGCUUCGGAUACAGCACACCGAUCAGCCAGUUGCUCACUGUGCCGCCAUAUGUCGCCGCAACUAUCACAUUGCUCGUUUUCGCAUAUUACUCGGACAAGUUGAAGAUGCGAUCCCCCUUCAUUCUUGCCGGCCUUGUAAUGUGUCUCAUCGGCUUUUCAAUAAAUAUUUCCACCGCACCCGAUGCUGUCAAGUACUUUGGGACUUUCUUUAUUGUGAUUGGUAGCUAUGCAGCGACACCAGGCGUAAUUUCCUGGCUCGGGAACAAUCUCUCCGGCCAGUACAAGAGAGGUGUCGGCAUGGCCCUCCAAAUCGGCAUCGGAAACUUCAGUGGUGCGAUCGCAUCCAACAUUUAUCGAUCGCAAGACUCGCCUCGGUUUAUUCUCGGGCACGCACUGGAACUGAUGUUAGUCGGGAUUGGAUUCGUAGUUUUACCAAUUAUCGUCUUCCGUUACAAGAGGAUCAACGCACAGCGCGAUGCUGCAGAGCGCCUAGUGAUAGAACGGGGAGAGAGAGUGCAAUAUUCGGACGAGGAAUUACGGGAGUUGGGAGAUCGUGCGCCUGAUUUUAGAUACACGUUGUAAGUGAUAACGACGGUAUAACCUCAUGACUUGGUAUCGAGGAUGCGACGUGUUUUACCAAUCAUAUUUAUUGUCUUCUUGGAACCAAGCCUACGCCAACUG